ACAUAGUCAUGGGUCAACAACAGUCCUCUUCAUCUAAGGAUGAACGCCACAAAUAUUUGGCCUCCAGCUUUGCCGAAUAUUUUAAAAAGUUUAAAACAGAAAACAAAAUCAUUCCUCAGGAAACCAUAGCUUCAAUUGAGUUAAGCCUGAAAGAAGGAAACAUUCAGGGGGCAAACUCUGCAAUCAUUGAUGCAUUAAAAAAAAUUGAUAGUACCCCACUCAAUGUUGCUGUGACCGGGGAGUCUGGAGCAGGGAAAUCUACCCUGAUCAAUGCCCUGAGAGGGGUUGGACAUGAAGAUGAAGAUGCAGCUGAAAUUGGAGUGGUGGAAACAACCAUGAAGAGACAUCCAUACAAACACCCCAAUAUUCCCAAUGUGGUUUUUUGGGACCUGCCUGGGAUUGGAACCACAAAUUUCCCACCAAAUUUUUAUCUAGAGAAAAUUAAAUUCCAUGAGUAUGACUUCUUCAUUAUUGUUUCUGCCACACGCUUUAAGAAAAAUGAUAUAGACCUCACCAAAGCAAUCAGCAUGAUGAAGAAGGAUUUCUACUUCGUGAGAACCAAGGUAGACUCUGACUUAAACAAUGAAAAGGAAUUCAAACCACGCACCUUUAACAGAGAAAAGGUCCUGCAGCAGAUCCGCAACAGCUGUGUGAAAACGUUUCAGGAGAAUAACAUUGAAGAACCACCAAUCUUUUUGAUCUCUAACAGAAAUUUGUCUGAUUAUGAUUUCCCAUUCCUGAUGGACAAGGUUAUGAGUGUUCUCCCUGUACACAAACGACACAUUUUUAUGCUCUCCUUGCCUAAUAUUACACGUGCAACCAUUGAAAGGAAGCGACAAUUCCUGAAGCAGAGGAUUUGGCUAGAAACCUUUCUAACUGACCUCCUGAGUAUCAUCCCUUCACUGGCCCACCUCCUCAUGGGCAGUGAUGUGGAGAAUCUUGAAAAAAGCCUGAACUUCUAUCGAACUGUGUUUGGAGUGGGUGAUGCAUCCUUGCAGAGUUUGGCUAAGGACUGGGGAAUGUCAGUGGAUCAGCUCAAGUCAAAGAUGAAAUCUCCUAAUGUGUUCGAGACUACAAAGAAAGAAACAGUACAAGAAAGGCUUUCAAGAUAUUAUGAGGAGUUCUGUUUGGCUCACGGGCAUUUGGUAAACAAGAAUGUUUAUGCUAAAGAAUUAUUUUACCUAAAAUUUUAUUUCCUUGAUAUGGUGACAGAUGAUGCUAAUGCUCUUCUCAGAGAGAUAUGUUCAAGAAACAACUUGGUUUCUGAUUAGGCUGAAAUCCUGUAGCUGUCAAACAUCAGAAUCAACGACAGAAAAAUAGGACACUGAUAUUGCAAAACAACAUACUGGGUUUAUUCAGGCCUUCCAGGCUUUAUCCACAUUAGUGAUCAUAUAUCCUCAUUAGCUGUAGCAAGGGGAUCACAUAUGUGUAAAUAAGCUGAGAGCUUAAAACUAUGUACUCACUUUGAAUAAACCCUCAGAUGGAGUAAUUGCACUUUUAUUUGAAUUAGUUUACUAUAAGCAGCAUCCAUUUUUAGGUUUAACAUUGUGAUGGUUAGUGUUGUGGACAGACUUUAGAAUCACAUGGGAGACGAACCUCUGAGCUUGCCUUUGGGGAAUUAUUUUGCUUAUGUUAAUUGAGGGGAGAAGCCAUGCCCACUGUGGGGGGCACCAUUCCCUAGCUGGUGAUCUCUGACUGUGUGUGUGGAGAGGGGGGAUAAUCAACAGCAUAUAUGCAUUCAUCCAUUGUUCUCUAUUUUUUUCACUGUGGGUGGAGUGGCACUAGCUGCCUCCAGCUGCUGCUGUGACUUCUUGGUAAUGAUGGCCUCUGUAACCUUGAAUUUGAUACUUGUGUUUUCUCUUUAGAUAGAGAUACCCAGGGAGAAACCAUAACUGAGCUGGAGACAUGUCUCAGUAGAUAAAGAGCUUACCUUGCAAGUCUGAAGACCUCUGUUCAGAUCCCUAGAGCUCACAAAGAGCCAGCUAAGCAUCUGUAAUCACACACUCCUGUGGUGAGGUAGGAGGCAGAGAUAGAGAAUCCUGGAAGCCCUGAGGCCAGCUAACCUGCCACAUGCAGCAGUGAGUAAGAGACCCUGACACAAGCAAGUGGAAGGUAAAAGACAACACCCAAGGUUGUCCUUUGACCUCUGCACACAUGCCAUGUCAUGUUCAUGUCUGCAAUCACACAUGCAAAUGCACACAAACAAAACGUUUAUUCUCUAGAGGAAGGAAGGUUUGGGGCAGUUGCUCAGUGGUAUAAUACUUGAGUCACAUGCAUGAGACCUCGGGUUCAAUCCCUAGCACUCUACAAAAAGGAAAAAGGGGGGAGGCUUGGAGAGUGGGCUCAGAGGUUAAGAACACGGGCUGUUCUAGCAGGGUAUCCAGGUUCAAUUCCCACAUAAUAGAACCCACAUAGUAGCUACAGUAGCCUAUGACUCCUGUUCCAGGGGAUCUGAUACCCUCUCCUGACCUCCACAGGAACCAGGCACACAUGUGGUGAACAGAUAUACAUGUGAGGCAAACAUUCAAAAUAUUUAUGUUCAAAUAAAAAGAAAGAGAGAAACAAUGACCAUAGAGAUCGCAAUAGCCUUAAUAAUCACUAAAAAAUUCCUAAAAUCCUAGUCAGACUCCUUGAGAAAAUACUAAAGAAGCUCUCUAAUUCUGUGCCAGAACCAGUGAAGAUGGAGAUAUUUCUCUACCUUUUAUUGAUAUGUUUUUGAAUGUUGUGAUUACUAAAUGACUGAUUUACUCGAUAUCAGUACCAAAGGCCAUUUAAUAAUUUUUUUAUUAAAAAGACAUUUGUUGCUGCUUAACAUUCCCAAGAACCCAGAAUAACUUCACAGUGACUGUCCUUAGUAUUGCUAUUAUUGGCUGAUUAUCUCAUUGCCCAUUCCCUGGCCUACUUUCUAUCUUUCUUGAAAUAAAAUACAAGUAAAUAGUACAUGUGUUAAUAAGACUGAAAGAGAGACCCAGAGGAAAAGGAAGAAUUAUUCAUGGACAGGAGUGAUUUCUUAAAAUUUGGGCUGCUAUAAUCCUAUAGACUAUGUGGGUUAAACAGUAGAGUUUUGUUCUCAAACUUCUAGUGACUGAUGUCUGAGAUCCAGAUACCAGUGUAGCCAUACCCUCAGCGAAAGCAUUCUUCUUGGUAAUGCCUCCCUCACAUGGUCUGUCUUGGUGUAUGUGUGCAGAGAAUGAUUACCUUUCACUUCAUUUCACGAUCCUAUCAUUUGGACUCCAUUUUCAUGACCUAGUCUAACCACAGAUGCCUCCCAAAGCCUUUCCUCCUAACAUGAUCCCUUGAGGGGCUGGGCUAUUAACAUAUGAUUUCAGGAGGGAAAAACAAUCAGUCUAUAACAGGUUAUGCAAAUUAUGCAUAAACUUAAGUUCCUUUCUUAAUGGAAGCUAUGGCACUCAAAUACCAACACCAAAUACUCCAAAGUAUUUUUACCAUAAACUGAGAUGCAGACUUCUCAAAAAAAAAAAAAAAUUGCUAAGGAGAGACACGAGACAACCCCUUCUCCUCUUAAGAAAUAAAACCUAACAACAAGCAGACUAUGUUUGCUCAGGAUAUUUGAGAAUGUUGGAAUACAGUGCACACGAAAGAGAAUUAUGGAAAAUGGAGGCUCCAGGUGGCCAGGUCAAAAAGGAAACAAAGCACCUUGCAUAAAGUCCUCUUGAUUUCCAGCCUGCACUUGUUUGAAAGUGGCAAGUUGUUGUGCCCCAUAGGGCCUGGGUGUGAGGCCCAGUGUAACUUCCUGAGCCUGGCUCGAGUUUGGCAACCUGUCCUGGGACAUGACUUCUGCAUAUGAGUGACUCAGCACUACCCAAUCUAGAAUUGCCUCUGCCUAGUAACUGCUGAGAUGGCAUCAUCUCAUUGGCCUGCUAUCAUCACCCCAUCCCCCUACUACCCCAACCUAUAUAAGUUCACUCCUGAUGCAAUAAAGCAAGUUCCUGCUUCGAAAAGA